AUGGCCCGAGUCCACUGCGCUGGUGCGCGAUCUACCGCCACGUCUUUUAUGCAGCUUGCACGACGAAGCUAUACAACCGCCUCUGCUCAACCCUCGGCACCGCUUGAGUUUCUUGUCCCGAGAUGCACGCCACCAACUGGACUGCAAGCCCCUAGGUCCUUUGUCAAUCGAUACAUUACACACGAGCAUUCGAGACAACUAUGGGGAUAUGCGUUACGGGAGAGUGCGACCCGACAUUUCUCAACAUCGGCUAUACGACAAAAGACACGAGCGAUACUAAAUCCCCAACAAGACGAGGAUGGCAACGAGAUGAUGCUAGAAAUCACGGACCGAGCUGCCAAGCGCCUUAACAAGAUCAUGGAAAAAGACGGAAACCCGAACCUCGCCUUGAGAAUUCAAGUGGAGAGUGGUGGCUGUCAUGGCUUCCAAUAUCUUAUGAGUCUCGUCACCUUACCAGCAAAAGACGCCGCCGAAUGGUCCUCCAUUGUUAACGAAGACGAUACGAUCUUCCAAUACAUCCCCGAUGACGCUGACCCAGCUGUUGCUUCGGAGGAAGGUCCGAAGAUUAUACUCGAUGAGCCAUCCCUUGACCUUCUCAAGGGCAGCAAAGUCGACUUCACGAUGGAGUUGAUCGGCUCGCAGUUCAAGAUUACUGAUAACCCGCUUGCUACUAGCAGCUGCGGUUGUGGUACAAGCUUCGAUAUCAAGAUGUAG